CCUCAUUUCUGGAGCAGCUCGCCAAUGAUCACAUCUGAGUCUGCUUCUUUAACUCUUAGCUGAGUCACAACCCUGUAUGCAUAUACAUAUUUUUCUAUAACACUAGAAAAAGUAACCAUAACCCAAAGAGAUGUUAUUUUUCCUUAGGUUUACUUACGCCGCCCUGUUUGACUUGCUAAAAAUGUUUGAUAUCACACAAAGAGGAAUAACGCUAGUGCUCUUCACCUCCGAUGUCACUAAAUGAGCAGCAGAUCCCAUGUACCUCAACCGACUGUUCUCUAUGAAUAGUUUUGGCAUCGGCUGAAAAUAGUGCUGAGGGUAACUUGCGUUGACCAUGUGAUGACACUUUGAGUUGCAAAAUUGCUUUCAGAUAACUUGCACCGAAAAAGUAAAAAUAGCCCAGUACGUUAGACUCAUCUCUGUGGAAUGUAUAUAUGCAAAAAUAGGGCUCCUUAAUAUUUGGUUUGUCGCGGCAGAACAACCUGUCAUGUUACACCGUUUCACUCUUAGGCAAACAAUUUGGGCUGAUAAUGUUGCAGGCUGUGCUAUUUUCAAAUGUAAAGCAAACGUUGGGGAAGCGUUCAUUUAACUGUUCUCUUCCUAGGGAAUAGUGUGGCUCUGGCAUGGCGUUAGUCGGCUUAGACAAAGCUGGGAGCGUUCACUCUCCCUCCACAAGUAUGGCAACGUCUGCGCAAUACAGACAGCUUAUAAACGACUACGGACCCCCGUCCCUAGGGUAUACACAAGGGAUGCAGGGUACCAGCAGCAGUCAAGUACCGCAAAGCAAAUAUGCAGAACUUCUAGCUAUCAUAGAAGAGUUAGGAAAAGAGAUCAGACCCACGUACGCUGGGAGUAAAAGCGCGAUGGAGAGGCUAAAACGAGGCAUUAUUCAUGCUAGAGGAUUAGUUCGGGAAUGCUUGGCUGAGACUGAGCGAAACGCAAGAUCCUAGCCCACCAAUGCAGUUGCAAGAUUUUCCAUCUCUUAAUGAAGAAAAAGUAAUACCUAUUCCUUUUGACUCUUGAAACGUUCAGACAAAUUCCUUUAUUUUGAAUGUUUUAUCUUUCUUUUUUUUGCCCUUACAAAAAUGUAUAGUUAAGAAUGAUAAAACAAGGAUUUUUCAACUUACUGAGGGUUUGCAUUUUGUAAAGACAUUAAAACUCCCUAAAAUGUUUCUAAAACAUGAAAACUGAACUGCAUGCAGAGGAAUGCUCUCUCUCCCAGGCUAUAUUUCAGUUCUCUUUUUAUCCAGUCACAGUCCCAUUCUGUUUAUUUUAAUUUUCACUAUAUUCACUUAACCCCAAAUGGUCAAUCUUUCAAAGUUUGACAUAAGCUCUAAGGAUUUUUUUUAAUAAAUGCAGAAUAGCAUGCUGUACCUAGUAGUCUGCUAUGUCACAAUUUGUCAUACAGCAUAGACCCUGCUUAGAAAUAACCUUCCCCUCCUCUUACUUUUCCUUUUUUGUUCGUUUUGCAUAAACAUUUGCAUGACUGUUAGUGCUUUGAAGUCCAUUUAAAGUGCAUGAGUUAUAUGGAAAAUAGGGAAACCUAUUAAAUAAUAACAACGUCCUGAAAGCUAAUUUCUACAUUAAGGCUGGAGAUUUCAGUUUGUUUGACAAAAAAAAAAGAAAAUUCUGGAUAAAGUACUAAAACUGUUAUUUGCAUCUUUGUAUGUAUUUAUUACUUGAUGUAAUAAAGCUUAUUUUCAUUAACAA